AUGGCGGCCAAUUCUUAUUGUUUGUACAGUCUCCCUAAUGAGAUCCUCGUCUCAAUACUCUCGGGAUUCGAGACUCAGUCACUCCUUCCUCUCGUGGUAGUGUCGCGCCGCUUCCAUUCCAUCAUCCUGCGCAUCUUACAUUUCCGGUUACUACUUGCCGCAGCACUAGCGGACUACAAACUCAUCCUAGAAGCAUAUCAUCCCAGCAAAAGAUACAGCGAUCCGUACUUGUUCUGUACCUAUCUGGGCACAGAUGGUCUCAGCUCUAGGCACGAGGGCGAGGGGAGCCUCUAUGAAGACUGUGACGGCGAAGAAGGGAGAUUCGCAAAGUUAGGCGCCUUAUACUCCCGAUUCAGACCUGAGCGACCAGGCGUUCAAGGGUCGAUGCCAGCACGCCGCAUUGCCGGUGCCGUACCAAACUCCCAGUCAUCCUCAUCAAACACAACAACACCGCUCUAUGCGAAUGGAGGUGACGGUGGCACCAGAAGAGUUACUCACACCUUCAACCUUGAUGCCGAUGAGCUGUUCGGUCAGUUUUGCGCCUAUGCAAGCCUCGUCAGACUGGGCCCGCGUCGAGGGGUGUUUUUGAGCAACGUGCAUAUUGUCCGAUCCGGCCAAGGAGUCAUGAGAGUCUGGAAACAGUGGCUCCAGGAUCGCGCCGUCGAGCUCUGGCAGCAGGAGCAGCAGACGGGAGUUCAGAUGGACAGGACCUCGACCACAAGUUGUCCGACCAUCGGCGCUGACAAGAACAUUAUGUGGACCGACUACAGGAAGAACGUAGGUUUGCGUGUCACGGUGCGUGAUCAAGAAGGACGUUGCUAUGGCAAGGAUCCGUCAGAAUUCGAUGAUCUGCCCAUGAGUUUCGCAAUAGAAAUUGACGGUCAGUUCCUUGCGCUACCCACAGUCGGACGACCACUCACUCACUUUUUCCCACCGCAGAACUUGUUGUACGAACAACGCACCUGA